CCUUAAACCUCAACUCAAACCUCACCUCUCCACUCCUACCUAACCAGCGUCCAACAGUUGAAACCGCUCAUGGCGUUCUCCAAGCCCCUGGCUGCUCUCCUCCUCGCCGUGGCGCUGGCAGCCACUGCCAUGUCCGCCGCCGGGCAGGACCCCCAGAACUGUAAGCCGAGCCGCAACGUGACGGUGCAGAACCUGUGCGGCAAGGACCUCUCCCUCGGCAUCGAGCCGCUGGCCAACAGCAAGCUCCUCUACAGCCCCGGCCACCUGCUCCGCCAGGGCACCCACGUUUCGUUCACCGUGUGCUCGUGGACUGGACGCGUGAAGGUGCAGGACGCCGUGGUGACGGAGUUCCACCUCGGGUACGACGGCGGGGCGUGGUACCAGGUGAGCACCGACCAGUCGCGCAUGCCCAUCCGGGUCUCCAUCACCCCGCACGGCCACCCCCUGAAGGACCACUGCCCCACCGCCGGCUGCACCAGCGGCGGCAAGUGCUUCGAGCACUCCGUCCCCGGAGGCAAGUGCCACGGCGUCGACGAGAUCAAGAUCGUCUUCUACAAGCCGUAGAUCCAGCCAGCGAUGGAAUGGCUUGCGAGCUAGAGUAGCUAGGUUGCUGCUGGGUAUGUUUGUUUAAUAAGUCUGCAGCUUGGCGGAUCUUAGUCGUAUUGCAUGCAGCUGCUAGUUGGUUCAUCUUGUCGCGUCGUGUCGGAUUUGCUGUUCAAUUAGUAGUUGCGGUGGUGGAUGUGUGGCUAGAGAUGUUUCAUGGCCGUGCAAUGAACUGCAUGUCGUCAGCUCUGUAUCCGUCGUUGGUGUGGGGUGUGUGUGUGUGUGUUUGUUCUAGUUUAAAUCAGAUUUAAAAUUUGGCUGGGUCACCAAA